UUUCCUGUGACGUAGGAGGUCUUUACAGCAUUGAAGUGACGCUGCCUUCCCAUUUUUUCCCGGAGCCGAGUGGGAUAUUCAGCUGCUUACAGGUCUCAUUUAUCUUUCAUCAAAAUGCCUGGCCCUGCUGCAACCUCCACUAAUGUUGGCGCCUCUGGUCGAUCACCAAGUAAAGCAGUUUCCCCCAGAGCAGCAGGAUCUACUGUGAGACAAAGAAAAACUACAAGCAGUGCUGCAAGAAGUUCUGCACGGGCCCCAUCUGCUGGCACAGGAGGCAUGUGGAGAUUUUAUACAGAGGACUCUCCAGGUCUUAAAGUAGGGCCUGUUCCAGUACUGGUGAUGAGUCUACUCUUCAUUGCUUCUGUGUUCAUGCUUCACAUCUGGGGUAAAUACACACGUUCCUAAAUGUCUGCGCUCAAGACUGCUUUGGACCAAAUAAGCUUUGGACUUCUUCAAAGAAUUACCAUCUUGCAUUUUAGCGUAGACAGAACUUGUGGUUUCCUCAAACUUUUAAAAUAUGACUUCUUUUGUAAAUAAAACCAACAAAAAAG